CCCAGGUGGGAGGGCGCGCCGAUUCCAACUACCCUGUGAGUCGGUGGAGUGGAGCAGAGCGAAAGGUGAGGAGACCAGAGCUCGGACCACCCAGCCCCAUGGUCUCCGCCACCCGUGUGCUACUCUGGACCCUGCUGCUGAGUUUGGGGUCCCUAGCGGCGGCCUGGCACCAAGGCCAGACGCAGACCACAGCUGGGACGCCGGGCGUCAGCCUUCGCCUUGGGGGUCCAGCCCGCAGCCGCAGCAGCAGCGCAGCGGGCUCGGCCCGGACCCGCCCUCCCCGCAGGACCAGGGUGACUGUGGAGGACGAGAAUGACGCCCUGGCCACCGCCGACCGUCUGGCGGGCCCGGCCGCUGCCGAGCUCUUGGCCACGGUGACGGGCAUCAGCCAGCAGAACUUGCCCAAGGUCAGCAAGGACGAGGAUGGGUCUCUGGAAGAGGGGGUGGUGAUCUAUGCCAGAGAGAACCACACAGACACCCGCACCGAGACGACUCCCAGCAGAGUGGGCGGUGCCAGCGCCAGCCCCGGAAAGUUCGUAGCCAACACCCAAGAGGGAGAUAUCAGGUUGACCACCAUCCUGCCACCCUCCUCUUCGAGGACCACCGAGGAGGAGGGCUACGUGCUGAGCUCGGAGACCCUGAGCCAGUGGUCCACAGCCGGUUCCAAGCCCAGCAGGUGGCCGCGCCCUUCCCCCACGGCCAUGCCUGCACCCGAGGAUCUGCGGCUGGUGCUGAUGCCCUGGGGCCCGUGGCAUUGCCAUUGCAGGUCAGGCACCAUGAGCCGGAGCAGGGCUGGGAAGCUGCAUGGACUCUCUGGGCGCCUUCGAGUUGGGGCGCUAAGCCAACUCCGGAUAGAGCACCGGCCUUGCACCUACCAGCAAUGUUCCUGUGACCGACUCAGGGAGGAGUGCCCCCUGGACUCCAGUCCUUGCUCCAAAGCGGGUUGCAGCUCUCAGGCCACUACCACCACCACUGCUUCUCCCAUGCCCCCCGUACACCUGAGACGUAGGCCUACCCCUCUCCCGCCCAGUGCCUUCUUACCCAGCCCCAGCACAGCUCUGGCUUUUUGGAAACGAGUGAGGAUGGGCCUGGAGGAUAUUUGGAACAGCCUGUCCAGAGUGUUCACAGAAAUGCAACCAACAGACGUAAAUCAGAGGUAAUGGUGACUUCAUCCACAAGACGCGGUAUCAGCAUCUCAACUUUUUCUCUCCUUUCAAUCCCAGCACC